UCCAAGCCAAGAAGAAGAGGAAUUAGAAGAAGAAGAAGAAGAAGAAGAAGAAGAAGAAGAAGAAGAAGAAGAAACACACACACAAAAAAACAGACAGGAACAAACACACACACACACACACACACACACACACACACACACACACACACACACACACACACACACACACACCAAGGAAAAAAACACCCAAGAAUUUUCAAGAUAACACAAAUUCCUGAUUAGAUUAUACCACCAUAACCACCACCACCACAACCACCACCACGAUGUCCAACCACCUACCACCAUCAAUACCAUCAAUACCACACACCUCCUCCUCCUCCUCCUCCUAUCCUCCUCCUCCUCCUCUUCAUCGGCCAUCCUCCCUGAAGCUUCCAAAAGUCCUCAAGCCAUUUCACAAGAAGGGAGAGAAGGAAGGAAGGAAGGAGAGAAAGGGAGAGAAAAGUGGAGGAAAGAAACUGGAGAGAAAGAUGGAGAAGGAGAGAAAAAAGUACCUCCAUAACUAUCAGCAUCAUCAGCCUCACUAUCAUAGGAGAAGGCCGACUACUACUACUACUACUACUACUACUACUAUUGGUACUACUACUAUUAAUACUACUAAUAAGAGAGUUGGUAGUAGUAGUAGUAGUAGUAGUCGUAGUAGUUGUAGUAGUAAUGCAAGGAAGGAGAAGAAGCCGACCACCACCACCACCACCACCAACCCCUCCUCCUCCUCCUCCUCCUCCUCCCGUCUCUACCCCUCCCUUCCCCUACCCUCCGCCCCUUCCUCUCCUCCUCCAUCUCUUCCUCCUCCUCCUCUUGCUCCUCUUCCAACUCGGCCUCCUCCCCUCAUUCUCCUUCCUCCUCUUCCUCCUCCUCCUCCUCUUUCCCUCCCUGGUGACCCUGACCUAAGUGACCUCCUAAGCUGUCCUGUCUGCAUGGAGGAGUAUGAACCUGGAGGAGGAGGAGGAGGAGGAGGAGGAGGAGGAGGAGGAGGAGGAGGAGGAGAGCCUCUCUUCCUUCAUUGCCAUCACAGCCUGUGUAGAAAUUGCCUCCCAAGACUCCUUCACUCCCACGUUGGAAAGGGAGGGAAAGAAACGGUGGAGGUGGCGUGCCCAGAGUGUCGUGUGGUGACCCUGAUACCCCCCGGUGGACUUACGCAAAAUUUCUACUUGGUCAGCCUCAUAGAUGCGAAGAGGAGGAGGCCUAAGGAGACUGGAAGGUGAGAGAGAGAGAGAGAGAGAGAGAGAGAGAGAGAGAGAGAGAGAGAGAGAGAGAGAGAGAGAGAGA